AUGAAAGAAACGCUGAAGAUCGAUCCCGUUACUACCUCGUUUUAUCAUCCUCAGAUUAACAUUUUUAUUGCUUGUAAUAUUUUUUUUUUCUAUCUAUCUAUCUAUCUAUCUAUCUAUCUAUCUAUCUAUCUAUCUCGUUUUAUUGCUGGUAAUAUUUUUUUUAUCUAUCUAUCUAUCUAUCUAUCUAUCUAUCUAUCUCAAGUUUUAUUGCUGGUAAUUUUUUUUUUACUAUCUAUCUAUCUAUCUAUCUAUCUAUCUAUCUAUCUAUCUAUCUAUCUCAAUGAUAAUUAUAGUGAUGACGAAAGGAAAAUGGUGAUGAUGAAAGGAAAAGAAGAUGAUGAUGAUGAAUGGAAAAAAGAAGAUUUUGAUGAUGAUGAUGAUGAUGAUGAUGAUGAUGAUGGUGGUGGCAGCAGUGGUGGUGGUCACCAUCAUCAUUGUCAUCAUCAUCUACUUGUUAUACAGAAGAAUGAUUAG